UGGGGAGCGGGGGAGGAUCCCCAGCUGAACGCCUGUAACCUGCCUGAGAUGUCUGCUAGCCCCCCUGUCCAUUAACCCUGGCAUUUCAGACGGGAGCGGGUCCCCCGUCUGCCCUGGGGCGGGCGCGCUCGAUACACUGGCGUCUGGAAAGAUAGCCUCAAGAGUCAGCCAUGACAGACACGAUGUUUGGCAACAGUACUGAUCGGUGGAUGUGUCCAAAUGACAGGCCGAUGUCCCUCAGAGCCAAUGAAAAGGAACAACUCCCUGCUGGAUGGUCGGUACGUGGAAACCAGCCGGAAAGGCAACGGAAAAAUGAAGAGCUGACAGAUGAAGAGAAGGAGAUCAUCAACCGAGUAAUAGCUCGAGCAGAGAAAAUGGAAGAAAUGGAGCAGGAGCGUAUUGGGCGUCUCAUGAACCGCUUGGAGGACAUGCGCAAGAAUGUGGCCGGCGAUGGGGUCAAUCGCUGCAUCCUGUGCGGAGAACAGCUGGGAUCAGCUUGUGUCGUGUGUGAGGACUGCAAAAAGAAUGUCUGCACAAAGUGUGGCGUCGAGGCGACCAACAGCCGCCCUCAUUCCAUCUGGUUGUGCAAGAUCUGCAGCGAGCAGAGAGAGGUGUGGAAGCGUUCGGGGGCGUGGUUCUUCAAGGGCUUGCCGAAGCAAGUGCUGCCUCAGCCAAUGCCCGUCAGCAAGACCAAGCCGCCGCAAGCCCCCAGCGAACCUGCCUCCUCGGAGCCACCUGCUCAGGACCCGAAACUUCACUCCCGCACGCUGAGUCGAGGCCAAGCUGAGGCUGGGGCCCCGGCCGAACAGGACUCUUACGGUGGCCCUGAGGAGAAGAGGGGAGUGGGCAGGAAACCAGUCAAAUCCCGGGACCCCAGCCACGAUUCUGAACGUGGCUAUAGUUCUGAAGAAGAGAGUCCUGCUGCCUACAGGGGAAGGAAGGGGACGAGACAGAGGCCAGAAGCAGGCAGUGAACCAACGGCUGCUGCUUCUGGCCGGGGAAGCUACCCACCUCCUAGCCGCAAACCGUCUGAGGUCAGAAUGGCUCCAAGUGGCAGCGAGUUUGCUGGCAGGGUUGCUGAGAACUGGGAGUAUGCAGCGGAAAGUGAAGUCAACAGGAGCCCUGGAAGUGUAAAACGUGCCAAUUCCGUUCAAGCUGCCAGGCCUCCUCCAGCGACUAGUCAGAGUUCUGCUGCCCAGGCUACUCAGCCAGCUCCUCCAGUGGGUGGCAGACAAGAGCCCGGGCCUGCUGGGAGAUAUCCAGAAAGACAAGUGAGCCAGUCGAUGGGCCCUCCCCAGACAGACCCGGCCUAUUCAGCAGCGGCACCCAGGGAUGAGAGAGGAGGUGGCGGUGGUUACUCGAUGCCUGUAGCCAGAGAGGAGAGGGCUAUGCGCCAGCCUGCCCCAUAUACGCAAGCUGCUGCCCCGCCUGCACCAUCUGCACCUGCACGUCCACUCCCGCCGCCUCAGGACGACGAAGAGGAUGAGGCCAACAGCUACGAUUCUGAUGAAGCAACCACGCUGGGGGCGCUGGAGUUCAGUCUGCUCUACGACCAGGAGAAGAGCUCUUUGCACUGCACUCUCAUCAAAGCCAAAGGCUUAAAACCAAUGGACUCCAAUGGUUUAGCUGAUCCUUAUGUAAAGUUGCACCUAUUGCCGGGAGCCAGUAAGUCAAACAAAUUGAGGACCAAGACUCUGCGCAACACUCGCAACCCCAUGUGGAAUGAGACGCUGGUGUAUCAUGGCAUUACGGACGAAGAUAUGCAAAGGAAAACACUCAGGAUCUCAGUGUGUGAUGAAGACAAAUUUGGCCACAAUGAAUUUAUUGGUGAAACUCGAGUUUCUUUGAAGAAACUCAAAUCCAACCAGAAAAAGAACUUCAACAUCUGCUUGGAGAGAGUAAUACCGAUGAAGCGGGCUGGAACAACCGGCUCCUCUCGUGGGAUGGCGCUGUAUGAAGAGGAGGUAGACCGUGGUGGUGAUGUGGAAGAACGAGGAAAGAUCCUCGUGUCCCUCAUGUACAGCACCCAGCAGGGAGGCCUGAUUGUUGGCAUUGUCCGUUGUGUCCAUUUAGCUGCCAUGGAUGCCAAUGGAUACUCGGAUCCUUUCGUUAAACUUUGGCUGAAACCUGACAUGGGGAAAAAGGCCAAGCAUAAGACGCAGAUUAAAAGGAAGACCUUGAAUCCCGAGUUUAAUGAGGAGUUUUUCUAUGACAUAAAACACAGCGAUCUGGCCAAGAAAUCACUGGACAUAUCGGUCUGGGAUUAUGAUAUUGGCAAAUCUAACGAUUAUAUCGGCGGAUGUCAGCUGGGCAUCACCGCCAAGGGGGAGCGUUUGAAACACUGGUACGAGUGUCUGAAGAAUAAGGAUAAGAAAAUUGAACGCUGGCACACUUUACAAAACGAGAACCACGUUGCAAGCGAUUAAGGUCCCCAGCACAAGUCUCUCUGAAGUCCACAUCCUCAGCCAAGUCACAGUAGAUUCCCAAUGUCCGUCUUCCGAAGCCGAUGCUACACGCCUCGCCUACGUCUCUUUGGAUCCCAGGAACGUUCUGCUGCCCUGUCUCCUUGACGCCAGCAUCCUCUGUUCACCAUUCUCAUCCCAAAGACCAACCUGGAUCUUGUGUGUUCACAUCCAUUUCUGACUAGUGCAUCAUUCUGAUGUAUGAUUUUGUCAAGCAAUAGCCACACACUGAGGAUUUUCAUUUGUCUUCAUUUCUCACCAGUCUAACCUGCAUCAUAAUAUUGCUUCCUAUUCUGUUUGUUGACGAUAUUUGUUCUUGAGGUGGUGUUUCACUUGGGUGCUCAUUGUUCUGUCCUCACUAACCCGAGUGCGUUUAUUUUUAUCUCUGCAUGUCUCUUUCCACUCUUCUCAUUUUUCUCUUCGCCAACUGAAAUACUUUUAACAUCAGUUCUGUCCAUUGGGAUGCACAGUCAGUGAACCUACCCUAUUAUUGUUUUCAGCAUGUGGUGAGGGAGCAGCGUCGGACAGUUCAGUUCAUUUGAUAUCAAUACCUCAGUUGCAAUAAGCAAAAGGCUGUUUGUUCUGCGCUGGGUUUGGUUAUAGACAUAACUUAGUAACUGCAUUUCCACUGAUAUAAUCCGGAGAGUACUAGGUAUUUGGCUUCUUUUCCAAAGGGAACAUUUUUGCAGUGUACAGAGCUAGCAAACGGGGUGGUAAAUCCUUUUGAGUUUUCACAGAAAGGACACUGAGUAUUAUGGCAUUUAAAUAAAUAACUGAGAUAGAGAGCCACCUUCUGCAUGGUCAUUUUGGAAACACCAGAUCUGAGUUUUAGUUUGUUUCAGACACAAUUAAUUUUGGAACUAGGAACCUGCACAUGCUCUUACUAUAGGAAUCCUUCCUUGUCUUAGACUUGUGACCACCUCCCAUUCCACUGAAUAUGGCUACAUAACCUAGCAAAUACAUCUAUUUUGGGGGCUGAAUUUGUUAAGCUCUCUUGAGACAGUAUUUUCUGUUUCAUAAUAAUUUGAUAAAUGUUCAUUUUACCAUCUGCAGAUGGGAAAACAUUUCCUAAGGAGUUGAUGUGUUUAAGUAUUUGUUUUCCUUUUAAAAUACAGUACUUAAUGAAAUUAUCUGGGACAGUUAGUGGUCUUCCAACUUCAGUUUUCUGGUGGGUUUCCUUUUAUUAUUGCACAAAAGAAACAUUUGCUUCAAUCUGUGCUACAUUUAUUGUUUGUGGGUAUUUUAUUUCAUAUCAACAAAAGGAGCGUAGACAAGCUCUUGAAUCGAUAUUGAUCUUUUUGAUGCCAGUCUGAUCCCUCUGCUGUUUUGUACAACCUUCAAGCAUAGCAAUGUCAAGAUUAGUACAGUAAGUACCCCUGGACUAUAUGGUCGCUCAGCUACAAACUUAGCAUGCUAAACAAAACCUAAAGACCUUGGUUCAGGCUGUCAUCCCAAGCCUCUUUGCAGGCUGCUGCACUCCUCUCUGCUACGGUGGUGGUGUCGUGUGGUGUAUUCUGAACUGAGCUGUACCUCAGUGUCCUUGAAUUCUUUAUUUUGAUGCGUUAUUUUCUUAUUCUUGGCUUUUUUCAGUGGCAUUUAAUAGUACUAGUCAUUUGCAAUGAACAUCUUUUUAUAAAGCUUUAACUUCACAGACAGGGGGGAAAAUCCAACCCUCUAUCCCGCAUGAAGGUUUCAAUGGGCUGUCACCGUACUGUAUUCCUGUGAUGUGCUUUUAUACAGAAGAAACUAUAGGCUAGUAAUUCUCCUACCUGGAGUCCUUAGCUUUCUUUACUCGCCGUUUCUUUUAGAGCCUUGAGACCGGGGGGGCAGUCCCUGCCAGUGAAGGAAGUGCAUUGCUCAACUGAAUAACCUCACUCCUAACGCAUCGCCAGAUCGUGGGCCCCGCGCAUGUCUCCUGAGCUGCUGUUUUAGUUUGUGGAUUGUUUCUUGUCCUCUUGUGCAGUGUGAUUCUUUUCCGCUCGUAGAACACAGGUGUAUAGUGUUCCAGGGAGUGCUGGCUCCUGUGAUCAUUUAAAUGUCCAUGGGAUAAAAUCAAGAUGAGUUUUCUCUCUCUCUCUCUCUCUCUCCCAGGUGAAUAAAGCUCAGUAUUGUUUGCAUUGUUCUGAUUAAAACCAACAAAGGCUUUCUGCUCCCUCAGACCACCCAUCCGCACAACACUGCAGGAUGCUGUUGUUCUGGGCCAAACCACUGCCACCUCACAGCAGUGGACUGUUGCACCAUUGAUUUGAUAAGGGAUCACAUCCAGACCUGGUGCACGUCCCCUCCCCUCUUUCGACAGGCAGAUGGCAAUGCUAAUGUUUAUGGUGCCAUCUUUCGUUUCCCUUCCCCCUCUGACUGCCCCUCCUCCCCCAGCUGUGAUUUCAGAGGGCUAGUCUUUUCUCUGCCUUAGAGCGGGUGGGUCCGUGUGGCAGGCAUUUUAUUGUUCAUUCAGGUCAGCCCAGAGCAUUGGAGUUGGGCCCACAAUGUGAAGGUUACAUCCUGACCUUUCCCAAGGCUGGGGGACUCGGAGCUGGGUUUUUGGCUAAGGAACUUGCAUGUCUAUUCAGCCCUUCUUCCCUUUUCUAGAUGGUAGUGCCGUCUGCCCCCUGAGGUGACUGGUGUACUGAACAGGGCAUACAGGCCGGGCCCAGCCUCUCUGAGCUGAAUCUACCUGGACACUUGUGUGAGGGAGGGUCCAUUGAAAUGUAUAGGAGCCCUGCUAACUUCCUUUCCUCAGAUUUCUCUCUGGCAUGCACCAAAGGAGACCAGGCCAUUCCCAGUGCGAAUGAAUCCUGUCCUCGUCUCAAUCAAAUCUCCUUCACAAGAGCUGCCACUCACGUCCAGGGGGAGCCGUGCCCAUACACAGACCUUGAGGCUUAUCAGUGUCCUUUGACCUCAAUGGAAAGACUCCCAGCGACCUCACCGGGUAUCGGAUCAGCUGCCCUGUGUAUUUGGUAACUGCCCCGUGGAAGUUCCUGGAUGCCACAUUUUCUGCCUGUGCUGGGCUCAGGAGAGGGACAGCAGCCUGUCAGUUCCUGGCUGCAGGGUUUCUUCCUUGAUGUAGUGCAGGACUUCCCUUUGUCCAGUGUAAAAACAAACUACGGCUCAUAAUGCAAUGGCAGAACAGCCUUCCAGCGCACGGUGCGCCUUCCUGGCAGAAUGGAUAGUCAGGCUGUUUCAGGCAGGCAAGUUUCUCUCUCCUUUUUUGCUGCGGGUAAUCACCUUGACCAGGCUCUGCAAGAUAUAGCAAAACACAAGGGAUAGCAUCUUGCUGCAGAGCAUCUCCUCAACAAUCCUUACAGGCUCUUUCUUCAUUCUGGAGAGCUCGGUUUUCAGGGCUUCUUGCUGAAGCCCCAGUUCUGUUGCCUGGAAACUCAUGCCUUGAGCCAGAAACCACUUGAACCACCUGCAAAGGUUCCUUCUGGACAAGGGACCCAGCUUCUUGGAGACCCCUGCAUCAGCCCCUUUGGGGAGGGGUGGGGGUGGAAAGCCUUCCUGAACGUGGUAAUGGAGGAACCUGACUUUACUCUAGGGUUUACAGUUAAACUGCCGGACUGGUUUACUAUGACCAAAAUGUUUCAGGCUAGAACAGUGCACGUUUGAAGCCUUCUUUGGGAGUAGACAGACUUCCACAGGAAAUUGCCCCACGGUCAUUAAAGCGCACACUUGAUGCCGGGGUGGCCAGUAAAAGGCAAGACCGCAGCGUCGAGAAGAUUUGUAAGGCAGCAUAGGGAAAUGCUCACAAUCUUUCCCCAGAUGGGACACCUUUUGCAGAUGUGCUUCUGAUUGUACAAUCCAAAUGUCUGGGGAAUAUGAUCACAUUUCUAUCAGCCUCUUCUGCUUGACCCAGCACUGAUGAUUAUUGAGGGCCUGUCAGCUCUGGUUUGAAGGGAUGGAGACAAGGGAAUUUUUCUCGACAUUGGUACAUUUAUUUUCAGCAUCUUAGAUCCAAUGCCCCACACUGAGACACCCUUCCUAGUUUAUUUCAGAGCAAUUUGGCCUGGGGCGGGAGGGGUUCAGUGUUUUGAAUGCAAUACAGUAAUCGCUCCACCCUCUUCCUUUCCCCGGGUUAGACUCACUCUUCGGUGUGCAUCUAUAUUGCUGCUUUCUCAACUCCUUUUGAACACGUCAGUGGGGUUCAGAAGUCAAAGCUGCUUUAAGGACAGAGGAAUCCAGGAAGGCAGCCCCUGAUCCCCAGUGAAGUCUGGGUUGUGAAUGGCCAUUCAUUGCAAGUAGCUGGAAUACCCGGCAACUCCAAGCUGGUGCCGCUGUGAUGCAGAAUAGAAACCCUCAAGUCCGAGAGCCUCUUUCAGCCAGUGGGACCAGUUGAAAGCAGAGGGCCUGAUUCUUUGCUGUUCUGCACCUCGUGUCCUCAUUUACGCCGUGCUAAGAGGGCGUAAAACACUAGUGUUUGUGUACCGGCUGCCUAGGCAUUUUGCACUAGUGUGACUGCCAAGACACAGUACAAGGUAACAGAGACUCAGGCCUGGGACAUGAGUCGUUGCUCUGGGACACUAAAACUGAUUUAGAAAUGUGUGAGAUCUCAGAAAUAGUUCACGCCAGCUCUCUUAAAAGCACGUUUUGCAGAGGAACUCUUGAGAUCAGAGUUCCUGCCACAGCCCUGAAACAUUUCUCUCCAAAUAUUAACCUAGUUCCCAUUGAGACGUAUUUAUUUUUCUCUAUAAUUGGGUGAAGAAAUUCUGCCCAGUUUUUUCUAGGCCCUGUGUCAGGAAAGCUCUGAAGCACUUGCUUAAAUCCACUGUCUUCAACUUUAAGCAUGUGCUUAAAAUUAGGCACAUGCUUAGGAGCUUUCCUGAAUGAGACCUUAGUGCCCUCCCUAAAUUUGUUUGUUUAAAACCAGCUCUGAUGUUGUGUCCCCCAUUGAGAAACUUUGUAUCUCCCUGAGGCUUAAGCCUUAUUUCCAUAGCGCUACACAAGGUCAGCUUAUCUGGCCAUUCAGAAUAGCUGAUCCUUGAAGCCAGCGGCGAUUGCAUCACGCAGGGUCAUGGCCGCAGAUUCUCCAGUCUCUGUUUCUUUAUGGCCAGCCCUGGCUGCAUUGUCUCCAUUGCUAGAAUAGACUUUUUUUUAUAUUAGGGUGAUGAGAGCAGUUCCCCAUACUCCCUUGUGAUCUCGCUAACCCAUUAUGCACAUUUAGCUUAAUUUCUUUGCAAUUCGAGUUCAGUACCUCUGUGCCUCUCUGCAGUGUUGCUGCCAAGUAACCUGAAGAUGUUCUUUUUAUCCCCUGCUACCUGUAGAUCUGUGCUUUUCAGACGCUGAUUUUUCUUUUUUUAAAUUAAGGACAUAUUUCUGUUUCAUGUCCUUGGUUCCUAGCCACAUUACCUUACAUUUCUCUGCACAGAAUUCCAUAAAGCGCUAACCCUUCUCUGCCCCUAGACUACUGCAGUCAAGUGAGAUGUUAUUGCCUUUGUCCUUUAGACCACUGCUUUUGGCUCUGUCUUGCUAACCUUUGUUAUGCAAAAGUUAGCAUCUCAUUAUCCUCUACAAGGCUGUUCUCUUAGGCCACUGAGACAUAAAGUGAACAAAACUGAUGCAAACCCUCGUACUGAUCCUUUUAACUUCCCCUGGCCGGUGAAGACUGCUCCUUCCUUCCAUCCCAUAUUUUUCCCAUGCCUGAGUGUCUUCUAUAUCUUAUAUUCAUUUAUUUCUUCACUCAAGGAACUUAGAGGGAUAUUCACAAGGGCAGUUAGGUGCCCCCUGAAAGUUUAAUGGGGGUUGGGUACUUUGAAAAUGUCCCUCCAUCCUUCCUUCGUGUAUUGCACUUCUCAACUACGUACAAAGUCCAAAUAAAUUAUGUCCAUAGUAGCUGAUCUAUACUGAGAAUCCAAACUAAAAUUGUCAAUUCUACCUGUUUUGCUUUUCUGGUCUAUUUCUGCCUUCCCUCCCCCAUUUUCAGUACCUUUCCGAGUGGUACAUUUGAGCAUACACGUCUAAAGUGCCCACAGUCUUUUCUUAAAUCUAAAUCCCUUUUUUGCCAAAUCUAUCAUCCCCUCCCUAUUUUCCAGAGGUUUUAUAUAAAUUUGCCUUUUUAUGCUAAGUAUAUAAAAAGUGGUUUGCAAACAAGGCUUAAUUUUCAAACUUGGAUGCUUAUUGUGGGGCAUUAAUUUGAGUAUUUACCUUGUCAUAGACAUCCAAAUAAUCUGCAUUAGACUCUACCAAUUCAGAACUGACCACCUUCGAUGCUGAGUGGGGAAAUUGGGCUCACAGUAUUUAUAGGUCUAGCCAGGGCCGCCCAGAGGAUUCAGGGGGCCUGGGGUCUUCGGCGGCGGGGAGCCCCUGCUGCCGA